AUGGAUCAGAUCGAGGCCAAGUCAGCGGAAGGCCUGCCGGCUGAAUUCCUGUUCACCGUAGCUGCUUACGAAGGGCUGAUCGCACGCACCAUCCGCUUGCGGACCUGCGCGCAAGAGUUCUGCCAAGUCGUUCAAAAAGAGGUCGGCGGUUCCGCGACCUUGACGAUCGGCACAUUCAACCGGGUUAACCACCUGCAACACCCCGUCGCCGUCCUCUCACCAAAACUGUCCGGCGGCGGGCUCAAUUUGAGGUCGAGCCAGUCCCCGUUAAAUCGCUGGAGCAUGCAGCAUGACCUGGAUCCUUACCUGCACAGCGGCCAGCAGUUCGACCUGCUGCGGCCAACCGCCGGAAUGAUUAAACCACUGGAUAUCGCUCACGCAUUGUCGAACCUGUGCCGUUUCAACGGCCACACCCGCACGCACUACAGCGUGGCGCAGCACAGC